AUGCCCGACACGUGUCGGUCAAGGAAUGAAAAACGUGGAAUUAAUAUCAAUUUAUCUUUAUUAUGCCAUUAUUUUCCUGAUUAUUGUUUCUCGAUCCGAACACUGCGUUCAUCGUCACCGCAAGAACUCCAAACUUCAAACAAACUCAGAAAUUUCCAAUUCAAGGAGGGAGACGAAGCAAAUUUCUCAACAAUGGCUUCCUUCGACACUUUCACCAAUGAAGAACUCGAACAACAACAGCACCACCAUUCUCCGACGGCGCAACCCUUUGACGAUGAUGGCUACGUCGGUUAUGACUCUAGUCUCCCCUCCCACCCCCACGACUCUUCUACCCCUUUCUCUCCCUCCGACGAUAUUACCUCCGCCGACCAACACCCUCAUCCUCCCCCUUCCUUUUUCGAAGACGACGUCAUUUCCGCUGGAGACACCACCAAUCCCAAUUUCUCUGACGCUUACGAUUUUGGAGUUUCCAAUCCUAAUCCCGACUAUGCAUCUCCCUUUGAUUCUGUUCACGCCGAUGGAAACCAUGACAAUGCCGCCGCCGCCGGUGGUGGUGGUGGUUUUGACGAUGGUGGGAUUUUUGUCUCUGAUGGACCGGUUCUCCCGGACCCAAGCGAAAUGCGGGAGGAAGGCCAUGCCCGACGCGAAUGGCGACGUCAAAAUGCCAUAGAUCUUGAAGAGAAAGAGCAGAAAGAAAAGGAGAUGAGGAAUCAAAUAAUUAAUGAAGCUGAAGAGUAUAAAGCAUCCUUUUAUGAGAAAAGGAGGGUCAAUUGUGAAACAAAUAAAGCUCACAAUAGAGAAAGAGAGAAGCUUUACCAUGCUAACCAGGAAAAAUUCCACAAAGAAGCUGACCAACAUUACUGGAAAGCAAUUGCAGAGAUCAUCCCACGAGAGGUACCUAAUAUUGAGAAGAGAAGAGGAAAGAAAGAUGCUGACAAGAAGCCUUCAAUAGUGGUCGUUCAGGGUCCAAAACCUGGAAAACCAACCGAUCUGUCACGAAUGAGGCAGAUUCUGUUGAAGUUGAAACAGACUCCUCCACCUCAUAUGAUGCCUCCGCCAAAACCGGCCAAAGAUGGCAAGGAUGGCAAGGAAAAGGAUAGUAAGGAUGGAAAGGAUAACGAGGAAAAGGAUAGCAAGGAUGGCAAAGAUACAAAGGAAGGGAAGGAGGACAAAGGUGGAAAGGAAGCAAAGGAAGCAAAGGAAGCAAAGGAGGAAGGGACAGAAACCAAAGAUACCGAGGAUGAAGGGAAGGAAGUUGAGGACAAGAAAGCUUCUCCACCAGCUGCAGGUCACACACCUACAUCUCCUGCAAAAACUAUGGAUACUGAUGGUACUCUGACUCCUGAUCAACCCAAAAUAGAGGUUGAAGCUCCUCCUCUGGUUGAUGCUGAUCAAGCUGUUCUGUUGGUGCCUUCUGCAGAGGAAUAAGGAAGCUUUUGUUAUGGUCAUGCUGCAUUGCAUUCCCUGCAGCGUGGGAUUUGAACAGCACUCUUCUUGUCUAGACUUAGAAUUUAGGCUGAUUUUUCAUUGAAUUUUAUCAUCUCUUCGACACUGAGCUUCUCUUACUUAUAUACUCCUUUUGUUACAGAUGAUAGAAAAAAUAAUAGACUUGCAAAGUUGUAGUAGAGCAGCUUAUGUUAUUUGUCCCUCAUAAUUAUGCUAGGGAAUAUUCACAAGUAGCAAUGAUUAUUGGAACAAUCACUGGGAAUAGAAUAGGCGCCCGGGAGGUGGGCAGUUUGACCA